UCAUUAAGAAGAGGGUAGUUGACAUAAUACCUGUAACGCAGUUUUCAAUUAGUUUAAACUUUUAACUUGAGCCUAAAGACUUGAAUUAAUAUUAUGAGAAAUAAACGUUAUAAAAAAUGCUGAUAGGAAAUUCUUAAUGGAAAUUUUUCUAAUAAAUUGCAUCGACUUUUUUACGAUAGUUAUAGUCGUCUCUCUAUAAAGGUAAUUGACGUGAUUUUAUAACAUGAUUCAUGCAGAAAAAAACACGAAUAAAAUAAAACAUCUGCACGAAAUCCAUAAAUCAUAAACUCUUGGUUGUUUUGGAAAAAUGAUUUUUAAAAUCGCCCCAGCCCAGGUAUUGCCCUAUUGAAUAUUGUCACGUUAUCCGCUUGCAACUGGUCACAAAAUACCUAAAAAUACCGUCGCCAUAUUGGUAUUGUCAAAAACUUCGGGAUAUAUCGGUGCCGAUGAAAAAAUGGUUUCAAGUCUUUUAAUUACCGAGUUAUCUGUUUUCGAGUGAUCUAAAAGGACCAGCGGUGACUUUAGAUGUUACGUUCGUCGUAUGAGUUGUGUUAUUCGGUUCUUAAAUGAUGUUUUCCAUGGAGAAAUGUUUGGGCCGUAGUGGGAAUGGAACUGCUGAAGAGACUGAGCUUUUCGCCGGCGGUGGCGAAGGGUUAGGCAAGGAGGGUUCGCCCUCCGACGAGGUGGCUUCAGCCGUCGCCGCAGUGUCCGACGAGAUCGGAGACAUCUUAAAAGAUGAGCUGGGUGACGCGGAUCGGGCGGAUCGCAUCGGCGCUGAACUCGCGGACUUGAGCGCGGAACUUGGACUGUUGGCUGGUUUGGCUGAUGGCGAACAGCAGCAGGACUUCCCAUCACUCUUUGAAAUAGCGAUGGGUCACCGCGGCUCCGGUAGCGGGUCAUCGUCGUCGUCCUCAUGGUCUGGUGGCCGAGGAGGCCGCCCCCGCCGACACUCGCGGCCCCAGCGGGCUCCUAGGCGAAGGCCUAUCGCUAAGGGGAAAGAGCUGUACCCGCCGCUGUCCCGGCGGCUGGCGCGGCGCGCGGUGUGCAUGCGCGUGCGGCGCGUGGAGCUGCUGUCCGACGCGUCCGACGUGGGCGCCGACUCCGACAGCGACGACCAGUGGACCGAGCUCGACGACGCCACCGGCUCGUCGGACAGCUCGUCCAUGAAGGAGGCAGCAGCUGUCGAAGUGGACUGCAACGGGUACCAGCACAAGGCAGAUGCGGAGAUCCCGGCGAUGGGCCAGUUCCUGCUGCCGCUGCUGAGCGCGGAGGCGGCCGCGCCCGACCCCGACCACUUCCUCAUACGACACGAGGACAUACUGCAGUUGCUCGCGUCGGCGGAGGAGAGCGUCCGGGACGGCGGCAUGGCGCCCGCUGACGACGCCGCGCAGGACACACACGCGGACCUGUUAUCGGGUAGUGAGUUAUUGGACUACGACGAUGACGCCGCCGUCACAGCAGAGGAAGAGGCUGCGCUGUUACACUACGUAUGUGGGAUGGAAACAGAGCGGCUGUCGGAGUCUGGCGCGGCGGUGUUCAGCCCGAUGCAGGAGUGGCUCCUCGGGGUGUUCCACUCCUGGUGCGAGAUCUCCGCGCUCAUGUUCACACUCAUCGGGACCAACAUGAGCGUGGAGAUGGUGAGCGAGCCGUGGGUGUACCGCGCGUGCUUCUCGUGCCACUGCCGCGUGUGCCUCGGCCUGGCCCACAACGCGCCCGCGCUGCUCGCCUUCCUCAGGGACGUCGUCUGGGCGCUAGCGCACUGUGAGUACACCUACUGUAUACUGCCGCGUGUGCCUCGGCCUGGCCCACAACGCGCCCGCGCUGCUCGCCUUCCUCAGGGACGUCGUCUGGGCGCUAGCGCACUGCGGCAGCACAGUGGGCGCGGCGGCCCGCGUGGUCCGCGCGCUGCGGCCGCGCGGCGCGGACGACGCGGCCGCCUGGGACCUGCCGCUGCUGCGCCGCGCGCUACAGCUGCCCGACGGUCAGUGUGUGCCGCCAUAAUCCACGAGCAACUAUGCAAGCUCGCGGAACAGAGCGAGACGACGCGAGAGAUCGUUCACACGCUCUGUCUCUGUCGACAGUACGACAAGCCUAUGGAGAAAGAGUACGCGGUGGACAGAUUUAUCAAGAUAUUAGAAUACUUCAAGGCAGCUUCCACAAUCACUUUCAAGGUGGAGCUGAUCCCGGCGGCGGCGGGCCCGUGCGGCCGCGGCUGGGCGUGCGGCGCCCGCGCGCGCCUGGAGCACUACCUGCGCCCGCACCAGCGCGCCGCCACCGCCGCGCGCCUGGCCGACAUGGCCGCCCGCGCCACGCCGCGGGACCUGGAAGCAUGGUCGUCAUAUAAACACCACUGCGACUGCCUCACGCCGAGGUCGCUGUGCGGACAGCAGAGGAAACAAUUGCUAAGCGGGCGAUGGGAAAGACCAAUGUACAACAGUGAACAUCUCCGGGCUGCUAUAAUCUCAUUCUUCGGUAUGCUGCAUGGUGUUAACGAUUUCGACGGUGACACGCCUGACGCUAACGCCGAAAGCGAUAAGCCUCAUAAUAAGAUGGAUCAAGAGACCGUCGGCAGAGAAUUGCAGCAGGGAGACGGGACGGGCGCUAAGCCACCGGACGCCGUGGAGGGUACUGAGAGCGGGGACAGUGUCGGGAGCGCGGACAGCGCCGCCAGCGGAGAGAGCGGAGAGAGUGGUUCGGGGGCGGAGGGUCAGCCUGCGCCGGCUGUUGACAACAACGACAACAGCGACUCGAACCCCACCUGCGAUCUCGACGAUCUAUCGGAGUCGGAGCUGGCGUCGGGCUCCGGGUCGCUGGGGCUGUCGUCGUCGUCGCUGGACUCGGCGUCGGAGCUGCUGCUGGCGGCGGCGGCGGCCGUGGAGUCGGGCGGCUCGGAGGCCGAGGCGGCGCCGGCGCAGCUGUGCCGCACCGUGCGCCAGCUCAUGCGCUCCAUCGCCUCCAUCGAGCGCCUCAUGGACCGCGUGCUGCGCCACUGCGGCGACUGGCCCGCGCCCGCCCCCACCGCCACCACCGCCGCGCAGCCCGACCACGAUGCCAGGAAACGCGUGGACAUGGGCCUGUCCGAAGUGGAUCGCAAGCUGAUGGCCAUGUAUCGUCGUCUACCUGAAGUCCAUCGCAGGCAGCUGCAGGUGUACAGGAAACAGAAGAAACUGUCCACGGUGUGCAUGCAGCUGGUGGGCGGGCGGGCCCCGGCGCCCCCGCCGCCCGGGUCCCCGCCGCCCGGGGCCCCGCGCCAGCCCUGCCGCGCGCUCUGCCCCGAGUACCAUCUGCAGCGGUUCAAGGAGGUUCGACGCAAGGUGAUGCACAUGCGCGACCAGCAGCUGUACUACCACCGCCUCAGGAUGUGGCUCGAGGACCAGCUGCGCCAGGAGAGGGAGAGCUUACCAGAAAGCAACGUAACGUUAAUCGAAGACCUCCCCCGUCGCAAACGGCGGACCUCAAGCCCGAAAGUCCCCCGCCUAACCACUGCGCCCAAACGGAAACUCAAACCCGUGUCCCCCUCAAUAAGCAAGCCACACAAGAUACUACAAAUGUUGAAACAUAAAGCGCCCGCACAAACAACGCAACUGCUGACUGAUGAUCUAAAGAAUGACGAGGAUGUAGCCAAGAGUGAGGCAGAACCGCCUGAAGCGUUCCCGCUAGAGCGAGAGGACAAUAUAAGCGAUACCGACACCAUAGUGGGAGAGAAAGAGACAGACAUGUGCAAGGAAAUGAAGGAGUGCCUCGCGAAGUUCAGUAACUUUGCUCUAAACAAUGAUGAAGAAACGAAGUACCCAGAAUCAGUCAGUCCGCCGUUACAAGAAAUGUCGCCGACCAUACCUGAACCCAUGCCCGUCUACACUUCCAAACCCAAUCAACGAUUAAUAUCUGUGACCAAGUUCCUCAAGGACGACAGAGACUUGAUAUCAACACAAAUAACCCCAAUUAAUAUCCCGAUCAACGCGCGUCGAACCCCGCUACUCGUCAAAGACGAAAAGGAAACAGUCACUGAACCACUAGAGAACGAUAAAGAUCCAAAUAUAUACAAAUACGUCUCCUUCGGACUCGAAAUUAAAAAAGCUAUGGAGGAGUGUCAGAAUAUUAUAAAUUCAUACAACAGUAUAAAGGACGGAACUAAAGAAGACGACGGGCAACUAUCCCUAGAACAAAUAUGCGAAGUAAUGAUGACUUUAGACAAGAAUUCAGCCGAAUUUCUAGACAAAAUUGACACCGAGGACCCUAUAGACGUUAGUACAGCCAACACGAAACUAGCAGAACUAGUAGAAAACAUGCCGCAAAUACUCGCCAAUAUGCCAGAAAUCGCGUCGAAACUAUCCGAAUUCGCGAACGCGUCAUUCGAACUGCCAGAGUUCGCGUCGAUCAUGAGCAGUCUGCCUGACGUGAAUAGUGAUGCCCAAUUGACGCCGGAGACAUUGAAACAGAUUCGUGAAUUGAAGCUGAGCAAGUCUAGAGAUAGUGUGAAAGUGACUAAGAACACAACGAAACGGAAAACGCAACGUAGGAUAAGGAAUAAUGUGGAUAACGAUAUCAUUGGGACGAUGACGUUCGAGUUAGAUAAUAAGGAUAUAUUGGAACUGCUCAAGGAUGAAAAGGAUUUACAGGUCUUAAUGAAAAACAAAAAUAAAGAAGACUUCAAGGAUCUUCUCUUCUCGAUCUCAGCCCAAGUUGUGAUCAGCAAAGUCUUCGAAUAUCUAAAGCAGAACAAGAGUCCUGUCCUCGCGAAAUGCCUAGAAGAAGACAAGGACCUCUUCAACCUGCCCAAGAACAGCAUGAACGAAAUGUACUCCAAAGCUUCUACCCUAUUCGAGAAUUCAGUUAAGGACGCUCUCAGCAUGGAGGAACUGAGGGACUUAGUCAAAUCUAGGUUCAACUCAUGGAAACAUUACGUAGCGACCAAGUUCAAAAGUAUACCGGUCGAGUUACUAGAGAAUGAAAUAGAAGCCAUGCUUGAUAAAUUCUAUAGCUACAUACAAGACCUCGCUGGGAAGAACUUCGUACCCGACUGGGACCGAAUGGCGUCGACUUUGGAGGAACUGAAGAAACAGCACGAGAACUCCAAGGACUCUGACUCGGACUCCAGGGAGUCCGUCAGACAGAUCCUGCUGACCACCUCCGUUGGAAACACCCUAGAUAUACUCAUAAUGAAGUUCCCAAAAUUAACGCAAGACAAAAAACAAAUGGUCAAAGGGUUGAAGUUCAAGUAUAUGAAUGUUCUACGCCGCUGCUGUGAGUCACAACCGCUAGUUAACUGGGUCUUAACCGACCCAGAACUAGCUGUUAACGUCAUUCAAGAACUAAUGGAUUUCCAAGUUAAGAGACCAGAGAAUGUUCCAGAGUUCUCUGGAAUGUCCAAUGAGAAGAAACGGGAUUAUUUCAUUGACAGACUCAGGGAUGUUAACAAGCAAUACAUGGAGACGUUACCUAAGAAAAACUUGUCCGGAGACGAGUGGCUAGUUAUGUUAUACAAGUUAGAACAAUACGAGGAGAAAUUAAAAGAAGCGUUCAAUAAAGCGACGCCUCCACCCCCUCCGCCGACUAAUAGUAAGGUACAAAACGCGAGCGAAGCGGAAAUCUUAGCUGCUAAAGGCCUAAGCAAAAUUAUAGGAAAAGCGAGCAUACGUGUAGUCAAAAAAACGGAGAGUCCGCCCAAAAAACCUGAACCACCUAAGGAAAAGAAGGAAGAAGAGAAGAAAUGUAAAAAUGACGCGUUAUUAGCAAAAUGUGAAGCUAUAUUAACAUCCAAAGGAGAAAAAUCUCUAUUAGACAGUUUCUAUACAAUCAAAUCUUAUAUAACUCAAGGCUUACCAGUACCUGAGACAUAUAAAAAGCACGUCAUAUCCAUCUGUUCGUCCAUCGACGCGAAACUACUAGACGAAGAUAUAGAAGAAUUAAAAUCUGAGACUGAAAAUCCAGACGAACCAAAAAGUCCAGUUAGUCAAAAUCACGAAGACCUAGCCAAAUAUUCAGCCCAAGCACUUCGUAACGCGAAGCAGACCCUAAACGCGGUAGCAUUUAAGAAUAUAAGUAGAAACGGGCAGAGCAAGAGCGAAAGUGAUGUAUGUGAUACUCCGAAAACUGAUUGUAAAUGGACCAACGACUGCGUCUGUCAAUCUUGUAAGGAGAAUGACAGUUCAGCUUGUAUCAGUGACAUGUCGAAGUGUUUCGAUGAUAAGAAGACGGCGGAGAAGAAGAAGUUGGAGAAGAAGCCGGUGGUGAAGCCGAAGCCGGUGGCGAAGGCGUGUGAGAAUAGUAAUCAUCAGCAACAUGUCUGUAAAG